AUGUCGCGGCUCAAGGUCAUCCGCAUCGCCAAGCUCCUCGCCUCGUCCCCGUCCAGCAUCACUCCCACCCCGAGCCUCCCGUGGACGCCCCUCGGCGUCGCGCGCGACCACCUCUUUGACGAGCUCGAGGCGCUCUACUGGGAUGGCGCGGCCGCCGAGCUCGACAAUAUUGUGCGCACGCUCCGCGCGUGGCACCACGAGCAGCAGCCAGAUCUGACGGACGUCACCGUCGAGGACGAAGACGACGACAAUGUGUACGGAUUCGACACGUUUCUGGACCAGGUCAGCGAGGAGGCAAGGGAGAAGUGUAUUCGCGAGCUUCGCGACAGGAAGGAGGGCAGCCGCUAUGGCUUUGAUCCCCCGACUGUGUAUGAGGCGGCGCUCAGCGACGUGAUUCGUGAGCGCAAGGCGGAGCUUGUCAGCACGCAGCUCAAGGCGGCCGUGAGAAAGGCUCUGAAAGACACGCCCAAGCUGAGGAGGCCGCAACAGCGCGCGCGGAUGCUUCUCCAGGCAGCGGGCUUCCUUGACAUCGACAAGCUCAUUGAGCACCGUCCACCCCCUGAAGGGCUGCGGCACGCAAAGAGACCUGCCGUGCCUCAGUUGGCGCCAGCCAAGUUUGACAAGGACUGGAUUCCCAAGUUUGAGCCUCUUCGCUGCUCGAGACCAGACUGCAAAGCCGUCAUCUGCGGCAGCAUGUACAAGUCCCAAGGCAACAACAGCGAGUCGUCAACCAUCUGUGAAGACUGCUACUGGCGGUUUCACCACGGACGUCCCUCAGCAUCAUCCUACGUCAAGGCGUACAAGCACUGCGUGCUGCGCGAGUCCGUCUCCUCAGAAACGAGCAGGAGCAUCUGCCUCUGCAGGGACGUGGACCACCUCGACACAAACGGCAAGCCUGCGAGCCUCUUCUCCGUGGGCAGGACGGCGAAGCACGUCGACGUCGCGGGGACUGGAACGCCGCAGUGCGGACUGCUCAAGCUCGGCGAGGCCGUGGCGACGGCCAAGUACAAUGGGCUGGAGGAGGUUGCUGGCCAGAAGGGCGUGAGAGUCCUCAAAGUCGAGGAGAAGCAGCGGAGGCGCAGCUACAAGACGGGCAUCGACGCCGCCAAGUAUGAGGCUAUGCUUCGAGAGAGGCCCACCGACCCGGGAGACGACGAUGACGUGCCUUCGUUUAUCAGACAGUUUGCAGACACGAACCCGUUUGGCCAUGUCCACAUGUCCCUCCGGGUUGGGCCCUUGGUUGUCGAGAACGGCGUGGCGCACACGAAAGGAGGCGCACGCAUAGGUCUACGCGAGCUUCCUGUGUAUUACGAGCGAGCACGCCAGCGGUUGGAUCGCGUGCUCCUCGUCGACGGGACGCCAGACAGGGUUCUCUGGAAGAGCAACCAGCCUGCCUCCCAACCUAAAAGGUACAAAGCCAUCAUGAAGCAGGUGGUCGGCCUACCCUUCAGCGGCAUCUUGCCACACGAGGCCGAGCUCGAGAUCGUUCGGGACCUUCUGGAUGCGAGCGAGUGUACGACUGAUGAGUCGAACAACAACGAAAAGAGCCCGAGGGCGUCGCGCAUUCAACUUGUCAUGGUGAAGCUCAAGGCCCUCAUCAGCAGCAGGGUAAGGCUUUACCUGCGGCACGUCGCAGACGUGCUGGUAGACCCGUCCAUCAACCUCUCUUGGAGUCCCAAGCAAAACAACUGCCUCACAUUCUGCAACAAAAUCGUCGACGCGGACCUCUUCAGACCGCUCGUCAGGGGCCACUCCGACGACAAGACCCAGCCGCUGUACCUCCUGAGCUUCGUCUGUCCGAAGCGCGGGUACGUCAAGCCCAGCGUCAGGACAAAGCACGACGUGCCGAGCGGCCUACUGGAAGACUAUCUGCGGCGCUUCUACUUUGGGCGUCACCACGACGCCGACAUGCUCGACUCCCUCCAAGAGUACUGGUACGACUGGGGCGCGUUCGGGGGACCGCUCUUUCGAAACCAGGACAUGUUCCCCUGGGAUUGUACGGAGGCGUAUGGCAGACACCCGACCAAGUGCGGUGACUGCAACCUCGCCAAGCACCUCUGGGCGUUCCCCUUUGACUCGUGGUCGGCGACGGCGCUGCAUCUCGCACGAGGCCAAGACAUGUACGCACCCGCUGAGGUCGAGCCGCGCUUGUCAGCCAGCGGACCGUCUGCCGACGUCAAGUCCUGGGCACGCAACCGCCUGCAAGUCCUCGCCGCGUCGUCGAAGCUCUACCGUGGUGUCGCCGCAAUGGCACGCACGCCACUCUUCUGUCGAACGACAGCCUGGCUUCACAAGGAAGGGGAGGGUCUCCUCCAACAGCACCCAUCCCUCUCGAGGGUACGCAUGGGCGGCAUCCACCGAGCCCAGCCGUUCAGCCAUGACUUUGACUCAGGGACUCAAGCAGACUACUUCCUCGCGCCCUGGGCCAUCCUCCCACGCGACGAGCAGAUAGCCGACUACCAGAAGCUGCGCGACGCCCGGGCCUCGCUGGCAGACGUGGACAGCGACGCUGCGAGCGCACGCCUCGCGAAGCCGCCCUUCCAGACGAAGACGGCGACGCGCGAUUUUGGAGGCUUCGGCGGGCGGCGCUCGGGCGCCGUGGGCUCGUAUUAUAGCUAUAGCUCGCACACGACGGCCACAAACAACGCGCAGAUCGUGUGGAUAGCGGACGCGGGCUUCACGCCGGAUGCGUGCGACGCGGAGAGGGGCACGGGGGCGUGCGCGGGCGAUUCGGCGGGCAGUUCGGGCGUCAACUGCGGGAGCGGCCUGCUCCAUUAUUGCGCCCAGUUGUCGAAUACGCACAAAUCUUCAUUUACUUGGAAGAACUGCUAA